UUAACAUUCAUCGUUUUCAACAAACAACAGCAACAAAAGAAAUGUCUGAGAGAAAUUCUGUGUCUUUGUUGCAGUGGGAGAAAAUGGGUGUUCUUCUGAUGGAGAUGGUUCUUCAUGCUAAGCAAGUUAUUCGACGGCGGUCGCCAUCUAAGCGUCCGACCGUUGUAGAUGUUCCAAAAGGGCAUUUUGCAGUUUACGUGGGAGAGGAAGAGAGGAAGAAGAGGUUUGUGGUUCCAAUAUCCUACUUGAAGCAUCCUCUGUUCCAGGACUUGUUGAGCAAGGCAGCUGAAGAGUUUGGUUUCGAUCAUCAAAUGGGGGGCCUUACAAUUCCAUGUCGAGAAGAAGAUUUUAUUCAUCUCGCUUCUCGUUUAAACAGCUCCAGGAUCAGUUGA